AUGAAAAUUAUAAUUCUUCUUGGACUCAUAGGAGUUACAUCAUCAGCCCCGCUUGUCUCACAGCGUCUGUUGUCUGCUAGCAACAGUCAUGAGUUACUACUGAAUCUUAAUAAUGGUCAACUUUUGCCACUGCAAUUUCAGGGUGCAUUUAACUCCUGGAUUCCUGCCUUCCCUGGGUUUCUGCAGCAGCAGCAGCAGCAGGCUCAGGUCUCAGGACGCCCACAGCUCCCACUGUCAACACUAGAGAGCUUUGCUGGCCUUUUCCCAAAUCCUUUCUCAAGACAGGUUGGGGUUGUCCAAGGAGGCCAGGCUGGUCAACCAGAACUGUCACAGGCGCAGACAGCACCACAGACCCAACAGGGCACUAACCUUAUGUCCUAUGUGGUUCCCUUCAAAGUGCCUCAAGAUCAAGCACAGGUGCCUCAGUACUACCCUGUUUACAUGCUCCUGCCCUGGGAACAACCUCAGCUGACUGUCACAUCACCACCACAGCAAACCGGGCAGCAGCUGUUUGAGGAACAGAUACCAUUCUAUAAUCAGUUUGGAUACAUACCACAGCAAGCAGAGCCUGCUGUACCAGGAGGACAGCAGCACCCAGCUUUUGACGCCUUUGUAGGCACAGCUCCUGAAACUCCUGGGAUGCCAGCAGAAGGAGGGCCACUGUAUCCACAGAGAGAACCGAUCACCUUCAAGCAUGACAAUGCAGGGGUUCUCAUGCCUUCAGCUUCACCAAACCCUAGCACGGACAAUUUUUUCACUUCUGGAAUAGAUCCGACUAUUGCCCCAGUACUUCCAGAACAGAAGGCCAAGACUGAUAGCCUAAAAGAACCAUAA